UGAAACUUUUAGUGUCAGUGUCAGAUAGGUUUUAAUCUUUUACAUUUUCUUUCGUCAUUUCAUUUUUAUUCUAUUUAAAUCCAUCGCUCAUUUAUACCAUAGCGCUCUAAUUUCCAGAAAGAUUUGAAAUCUUUUCAUUCUAUUCAAUUUUUAUUUCUAUUAAUAUAAAGUCUCAUGAUUAAAAUGAAGCUGUCACCGUUCUAAUUGCUAACAACAUUAUGGACGAUACUGAGAGCACAACUACGUCUGCUGAUGAAAACACUGGUAAUUUGUGUGACAAUCCAACACGUGAUACACUUGCGGAAGGUUUGUUGGGGUUACUUAAACCUACUAUUGACCAGCUUGACGACAGAGUUAGAGCUACCAGAAUAUCUCAAUUAGAACUGAAACAACAAAUAGACUCAUUGAAUGAGGAAUUGCAGAAGGUGCGAGAGGCAGUGAACAAUCACCCUGAUUUGGACCCUUAUGUGAAAAAAUUGAUUGCAUGCAAGCACAAAGUAACUGUGGUUCUUAAUGUAUUGCAAGCCUCACAAGAUAGACUUAAUGAAAUAAGACGAAUGGUUAAUAAAGAGAAAGGAAUUCGUACAGCUGUUAUGCCAGAACUUGUACCACAGGAACCAGAACAAAGCACAAGUGGAGUGGCACCAGACCAUGGCAGCAUCAACUAAAAUGAAAACUCCAUACCAGAACCACAUUGAUAAGGCUGAUUUUGACCAUGUAUAUGAACCAGCUGAAGAUAGCUUUCUGCUGAUUGAUGCGUUAGAAAAGGACCUACAUUAUUUAAAAGUUAAAAACCCCACAUUUUGCUUAGAAGUUGGUUCAGGUAGUGGUGUUGUCAUUACUGCUUUUGGAAUGGCAUUUCCAAACACUUUUUGCAUAAGUACAGAUAUAAAUUUUAAAGCUUGCGAAAUGUCCGCAACUACAGCUAAUUAUAAUAAUGUAUUGUUGGAACCUGUAAACAUGGAUCUCAUUAGUUUCUUUGUGGAUAAAAAAUUUGAUGUCAUAAUAUUUAAUCCACCAUAUGUGGUGACAAAGACAGAAGAGUGUGGGGGGACAGAU